AUGGGUUUCGUCAGCAAAAGGGCGGACGACAUGUCUGAAUGGGCGUGGAAGAUGCGCUGCAAGAUGAUGCCCACUCCGGAGCCGAUUGGGCGUAGCAUUGAGGAGAUUGACGCAUCUUCUGACGAUGACCCCAAAACCAAGCCCCAAGAACCCGAGACGGGUGUCCAUGCAAAAGUCAAGUACUACUACGAGGGCAAGGAUUCCAAUCCGGGUGCCGAGCUCUACAACUGGGCCGACUACCCUCCGAAGCAGAUGAGCCCCGCCGCGGUCAAGAACUUUGACAUGUUCGCCAUUACCGUGUUCAAGAUCAAGGACCGCGACAAGGUUGCCCUCGGCAACCGAUUCCCUCUCAAGACGCACAAGAUCUCCGUCUUCAACCGCCAGUUGAUUGCUACUCUCGCCCCCAUUGUCAAGGAAGAGGGCUGCCAUCUCGAUCUAAACGCCCAUGCCGAGGCGGCUCCCCACAACGACCCCGUGAAGCCCCACCUGGAGCUCCUCAUCAAGGUUCUCGACGAUGCCUUCUCCGACAUGCGACCCAAGCUGGCCAGCCUCAAGGAGGCGCGUCUUAUCAAUUACCGGCUAGCCUGGGCUUACUUCCCCACCGGCUGCAUCAUCCACACCCACACCAAGAACGCCGAGAUCCUGGCCAAGGUCGACGGUCCCGCCUCGUAUACGGCCGAGGGCAUGAACCUUGACGCAAAGGUGCUCGAAUUCAAUGGAGAUAGCUUCGGCUGGAGGAAGUGCCCGCUUCAGAUCAGGCCCUUCACCGGCAAUAAGCCCAUCAUCGACCUCCCCAUUACCCCUCGAAUGCUCGAUCUCCAGGGCCUCUGCUACCGCAGUUACAACGGCCUCGCCGUCCACAUCAACAACGGCGAGGUGGAAACCCACAACGUCGAGAGCAGGAUCUUGGUCGACGUCGUCGGCUACAAGAAAUUCCACGACCCCCAGGGCAAGCGAGAGAUUAACGAUCCCGACGUGGUCAAGAACGCCGUCACCUCGGGCGCGAGCGAGGGCCUCGACGGGGAGAAGAAGCACUCGAGGUGGCUGUCCGAAGAGGAUCAGGCCCGGAACAAAAAGGAGAUGCUGGCCAACGAGGAGCAGCUCAUGUUUAUGGGCCCUUGGAUUGAGGGCUACGCGCUCAAGAACAAGAUGUGGGUCAAAUUCUACGUGGAAGACAUCGAGCCUAUCACCUGGCACGAAACAGCCUACGACCAUCUUGUCUAUAAUGAGGAGCAGAAGGAUCUUGUCUUGUCUUUUGUUGAACACCACGGCCAGAAGCAGGCGAGCGCUUUUGACGAUGUCAUUGUUGGAAAAGGUCAAGGUCUGAUUCUCCUGCUCUCUGGUCCGCCAGGAACCGGUAAGACUCUAACAGCCGAAGCUGUCGCCGACAAGACUCGCCGGCCCCUCCUCUACCUCCAGGCCGAGGAUCUAGGCAUCAACGCCGCCAGCCUGGGCGCCAACCUAAAGCGCCUCCUCUCCAUGGCGACGGACUGGAAAGCCGUGGUGCUACUGGACGAGGCCGACGUAUUCAUGGCUACCCGUGAACCCGUUGACAUUGCGCGCAACGAGCUCGUCUCCAUCUUCCUCCGCGAACUCGAGUACUUCCGCGGCAUCGUCUUCCUCACGACGAACCUGUAUCACACCAUUGACCCGGCCUUCCGCUCCCGUGUAAGCCUUCACCUGCUCUUCAAGUCCCUGUCCGCCGAAGCUCGGGCGUCGAUUUGGAGAAAGUUCUUGGAGAGGGUUCCAGACCUCCGCAUCGGCGGUGCGGCUACGUUGGUGGAGACGGCCCAGGGGAAGAAGUGGUCUUCCGACGACGAGGAGACCCUCGCAGACAAGGGCCUCUCGGACGACGACAUUGCGGAUCUGGGCGGGUGGAAUCUGAACGGUCGCGAGAUCAAGAACGCAGUCAAGAUGGUGCAGUCUUGGUGCGAUUAUAAGGGUUACGCCAUCACGCGCUCCAAAUUGGAGAACGGCAUCAAGGUGACGACCCCGCACGCCACCAAGGACAGCGAGGUCGACACCAGCCUCUACGACUAG